AAGGUGGUUUUGCUCGGCUCGCAAGGUGUGGGGAAAACAUCUCUCAUAUUACGAUACACUACCCGCAAAUUCACUCCUACUGUUUCCACCAUUGGAUCAUCUUUUCAUACUCGUAAACUCAUGCAACAUGGUACCCAAAUCCGUCUACAGAUCUGGGAUACGGCAGGACAGGAAAGGUUUCGUAGUAUGGCCCCGAUGUACUACAGAGGUUCUCACGUCUGUAUUCUGGUAUAUGAUAUUUCAGAUCGACAGAGUUUCGAAGACGUUUACAGUUGGCUGGAAGAGCUCGGCAGGACGGUUUCGAAAGAGACAUUAAUUUUUGUGGUUGGUAUGAAGACGGAUUUAGAGCCGAAAAGGAUGAUC